UGAUCACGUGACACAAAAUCCAAACAAACACAAUUGUGACUUUCUGUUUAUACUGCUUAGCUCUCUGCGCGGUCGUUUCUAAACUGCACACUCAAAAUCGAAGAAUCUAAUACCACCUGAAGGCUAAUGCUUACGCUUUGAUGGAGCUGGAGAUCAGGAGAGAGCGUGAAAUGGAGGAAACAAUCUUGGAGACAAUCAAGAUUUGCCACCACCGUCAGGAAGCUCCGUUGCCUUGGGCUAUGGAAGUCGGAAAAUGUAUUCUCUCCUUGGGGAUGAGCUUGCCGAGCCCGGAGUUAGGGCAUGUACUUGUUUCUUAUAUCUGUUUUCAUAAUAAUCAUCCUUCUCUAUGGAAGUUCCUUCAGCAAGCUCUCUCGUCUCGCCUCCUCUCUCCCAUCCAUGUCCUGUCGCUCCUCUCCGCCAGAGUUAUCCCUAAUCGACGGUCUCAACCAGAGGCUUAUAGACUCUAUCUUGAAUUGCUCGGCCGAUAUGCAUUUUCUCUUGAUUCAAUUGGCGAAGAGGCUUGCAAACAGAAGAUAAUAAAAUCUGUUGAUGCGGCUUUGCAGCUUUCCCAUACUUACAGAGUUCAGGUUCAGGAGCUUGGACAAGUUCUGGUGCUCUUCUUUUUUAGCAUUGUUGUUGGCUUGAUUGACAGCACUUUCAAUGACUGGGGAUUACUAAUGAAGACCCCAGAUGGACCAAGUGGACCAUUUGGAAGUGCUGAUAAUAAGGAUAUGGAUGUUGAUGCCAGGGGAAACUAUAACGUUGGAAGAUAUGAGCAUCUUGAACUUUUAAGGAAAACAAAUUCUCUUUUUGCCAUUGAGGUGUUGGUAAAACUAACGGAGAGUAGAAAAGCAAUGGUUCUACUUCGCAUUGUUUACUUGAACAUGCCUGAAAUAUUCAAUGGCCUCCUGCAGAGGUUGUUGUUUUACAAGGCCAAUAAAUUGGCAUCCUCCAAUGCAGAAUCAGCUAAUCAGCUUUUGGAAAGAUUAUUAGCUAAUAUUCAGAGAGUUUAUGAUUCUGAAUACCAAUUAAACCGGCACCAGAUCAUUCGAAUGCUUAUUGAUAUUAAACCAUGCAAGCAUAUGUCUUAUUGCAAUUCAGAGUCCGGGCAAUCUUCUCGUUGGGUAUCCUUAGAUAUAUACAUGGAGAAUGCUAUGGAUGGGAAGCAACUUCAUAUUAGACCAUCUGUUGCUAUCCUUACAGAAGCAAUUAAGACACUCCAAGUGCUUAACCGCGCGAGCUGGCAAGAAACUUUUUUAGCGCUUUGGCUUUCAGCUCUUCGGCUUGUACAACGAGAACGCGACCCUGUGGAAGGUCCUAUUCCACAUCUUGAAUCUCGUCUUUGUAUCCUUUUGACUAUUGUCCCUUUGGCAAUUGCUAAUAUUUUGGAGGAUGAGGCCAGGUUUUCUUCCUCUUCUGUUCAGGGAGCUGGAAAAUCUGGUGGCAUGGAGUCUACAUUGGAACAUCAAGUGGAGGGGAAUGGUCAAACUUCAAGGAAACAUGAACUUAUAUUGUCUCUCCAGGUCCUUGGAGAUUUCUCUGGUCUCUUGUGCCCACCUUCAUCUGUCAUUGGUGCAGCUAAUAGUGCAGCUCUAGUAGCAGCAAGUUUCAUUUCCAAUUCCAAUAACACAAAGAGUGGUUUAGUUGAUGCUAAUCGAACUGAUCCUUCUAUCAAUGCAGGUGGAAACAUGAGGCACCUCAUUGUAGAAGCUUGCAUUACAAGAAAUUUAAUUGAUGCAUCUGCAUAUUAUUGGCCUGGCUAUGUGUCUACUUCAGUUAUCUCACUGGUGUCAGAUUUACCACCAGUUCAAAAAUCUCCUUGGUUAACAUUCAUGGAAGGAGCACCAUUGGAUAAUUCUCUUGUAAAUUUACUUCUUACUACUCCUGCUCCAAGUUUAGCAGAGAUAGAGAAGUUGUAUCAUAUUGCACUAGAUGGGUCAGCGGAGGAGAAGUCAGCAGCUGCCAAGAUUCUUUGUGGGGCAUCCCUAACCCGUGGAUGGAACAUUCAGGAGCAUGUGGUGUGCCAUGUGGUGAAGCUUCUUUCUCCUCCUAUACCUUCUACUCACAAUGGACAAAGAAGUCACUUGGUUGAUUAUGUGCCUAUGCUGAAUGCUAUUCUUUUUGGAGUUUCAACAAUUGAUAAUGUGCAGAUGCUUUCUCUGCAUGGUGUUAUUCCUGAAGUAGCUGCUUCUUUAAUGCCUCUUUGUGAGGUAUAUGGGUCACUUGUUCCUACAUCAACUAACAUAUCAAACUCAAGUGAUGAGCCCUCGAUUUACAUGGUUUUUUCUAAUGCAUUUCUCUUUCUUCUCCGUCUAUGGAAAUUCUAUAGACCCCCUCUUGACCAGUGGUUGUCAGGAGGAGGAGCAUUUGGGGGUGGGCUUACUUUGGAGUACCUUUUACUGUUGCGCAAUAGCCGCAUUGCAUCACAUAAUUCUGCUGCUUCAAAUGAAAUAAACAGUGACUCAGUCCAGUUUCAAUCAACAUCUGAUAAGCCUGUAUAUAUUGAUUUUUAUCCCAAAUUACGAGCUUGGUAUUGUCAGAACAAGUCAUGUGUCGCUUCAACAUUGUCUGGACUCUGUAAUGGAAAUCCUGUUCAUCAGGUUGCUAACAAAAUUUUAAACAUGAUUUACUCAAAAAUGACUAAAACUGGGACUUCUUCGGGGAAUUCCUCAACUUUAUCAAGCAACAGUUUAUGUGGGUCCACUUCAAGUGGUGGAGAAGAUCCUCAGCAAAGACCCAUGCUUCCUGCUUGGGAAGUGUUAGAGGCCAUCCCUUUUGUGCUUGAGGCAGUAUUAACAGCUUGUGCUCAUGGAAAGCUUUCAUCGCGGGACUUGACAACAGGCCUGAGGGACCUCAUUGACUUUUUUCCUGCAUCUAUUGGAGCUAUUAUCAGUUAUUUUGCUGCAGAAAUUACUCGAGGUACAUGGAAACCAGUUCCAAUGAAUGGAACAGAUUGGCCUAGUCCAGCAGCUGUCCUUCCAUAUAUUGAGGCUGAAAUGAAAGAAAUACUUUCUGUUGCAGGAGUUGAUUUUCCAAGCUGUUCCUCUGCUGCAGGGCUUUCACCUGUCAUGCUUCCGUUGCCAAUGGCAGCUCUGGUCAGUUUAACCAUUACUUUCAAACUCAACAAGGGCCUUGAUCACAUUCAUGCUGUAGUUGGGCCAGCUUUGGAGAACUGUGCAUCAGGUUGCCCUUGGCCCAGCGUUCCUAUAAUUGGCUCUCUGUGGUCCCAAAAGGUCCGUCGGUGGCAUGAUUACAUAGUUGUAUCUUGUGCUCGCUCUGUGUUCAGGCAAAAUAAAGAAGCAGUUGCUCAGCUUCUAAGAAGUUGCUUCUCAUCAUUCUUAGGAUCAGUUAAUGCUUCCACAUCUUUGUUAACCUAUCAGAGCAGCGUGUGUGGUCUACUGGGUAGCACUAUAGGGGUUCCUGGUGUUAUUGGAUCCUUGGCACCAGGUUUUCUUUACCUUCGCUCUUGUCAGACAAUACAGGAUAUUCAGUAUGUCAAUGGUUUGAUUACAAGUCUUGUAGGAGAACAUGCUAGGGAAUCAACUGCAAGAUGGCCAAGCUCAAAGUCCUCUCGCCUGAAGUCUAGCCAAGCAUCUUUAUCCCUUGCUGCUACAAAGGCGAGGGAGGCAGCCAUGCUGGGUGCAAGCCUUGUUUGCGUGUCAGGUGGGAUGAAUCUAGUUCAAGAGCUUUACAUGGAGACUAUCCCAACCUGGUUGCUCUCGUCCAGGGAUGCGAAACAUGGUGGGGUGAGUGUAGUUUCCCGUAUAGUGGAAGGAUAUGCGAUGGCAUACUUGUUGAUUUUCACAGGGUCUUAUGCAUGGGGCGUUGGGGCCAGAUCUCCAGCAUGGGCACUGUCUAGAAGGGCCCAUAUAGUAGGGGCCCACAUGGACUUUUUGGCAGGGGUAUUGGAAGGAAACAUAUCACUUGGCUGUCAUCCAGCCACUUGGAAAGCUUAUGUCUCUUGUUUAGUACAUUUAGUGGUGAGUUUUACUCCAGCUUGGAUUCAAGAAGUGAGGGUGGAAACUCUGAAGAAAUUGGCCAGUGGGUUGAGAGGAUGGCAUGAAUGUGAGUUAGCUCUCUCUCUGCUUGAAAGGGGUGGGGUUGCAGCCAUUGGAUCUGUAGUCGAACUGGUCAAUGUCAUUAAUUGAGUUUUGAAUCGUAAUAUGUAGUAUCGAUUAUCUCCGCCCUGAAUUUUUUUGAAUGAAAUUGUCGUGAUCCAAUUAGAUCAUACUAACAAAAGUUUUGCUAGUGGCAAGGCGUCAAAACUUUUCUGCGGAAUUGGCUCAGGUCAUUGGGAAAGAUUAUAAUUUUGAGACAACUUGAUCAUCGGAAGUGCAACGCGCUCUUUCUUUCACAGAGUAUUUCUCUAGAGGUUCAUAGGAAACCACAAAGUUUUACGAGUGCAAGGAAAACUAUAGGAAGCAUUUUUAUGUUUUCUUUAUCCGCUUUUUAAUUUUGUUUUUUUUUUUUUUUUAAUUAUUAUUGUUAUCCUUUCUGCUGGCAGAAGAGUAUAAAAAAAAAAACAUACUUUCUCAUUGGAGACCUUAACAUGUAUGUAGUUUUCAUAUUUA